AUGCUGUUUCAGGGCCCCAUCGAAGACGCCCUGCUAAAUGGCCAGUCGCUCUUCAACGAGACCACCCUGCAGUCGUACCUCGAGAAUUUCUCAAAGCUCAAUGAGCUCUACCAGGAGCUGUAUCAGGCCGUGGUGAAACAGGCUGAGGAGAACCCCGACACGAUGAAGCCGGUCAACGGCAGGCCCGACCAGCUACCGUAUCUCUUUGAGGGAGACAUCAUUCUCACCGAGUCGCAAUUGCAGCAGCAAAUUAAAAAUGCCGAAACUGAGCUGGCUCGCCGCAAAAACGAGACGAUGCGCUUCGUGACCCAGCAGCCCAGGGGCAACGGACUGAUCUUCAUCCGGGGCAAUGGGUGCUACUCGUACAUCGGAAUGGUGGCGCAGGGAGCGCAACAAGUUUCUAUUGGAGUCGGGUGCGAGGCGCUCGGCACGGUUAUGCAUGAAAUUGGCCACGCCCUCGGCUUCUACCACGAGCAGUCCCGCUCGGAUCGCGACUCCUACGUCCGUAUCGUCACCCAGAACAUCCAGAACAUCUACAUCCCGCAGUUCAGCAAGCAGGCCCCAUCAACCAUGGUCGAUUACGGCGUGGCGUACGACUACGGAUCUGUGAUGCACUACGAUCAAUUCGCUUUCUCGCAAAAUGGUGGAAUGACCAUACAGACAUACGAUGCCAAUUACCAACUCACGAUCGGCCAGCGCAACCAGGCCGGCUUCGCCGAUGUGAAGAAGAUCAAUUUUGCGUACUGCAAUGCCUCCUGCACCACCCAGCUCCCCUGCCAAAAUGGCGGCUACACCGAUCCGCUUGCCUGCAGCCAAUGCCGAUGCCCCACCGGAUUGGGAGGCCAAUACUGCGAUCAACCGGCCACCUCCUUCCGGAGCGCUCGUGUGCAACUUUUGAUUACGGCUCCUCCCGGCAAGAAGGUGUACUUCCAAGUGGCCUCGCUGUCGUUCCCCUACCAACAGGUCUGCAGCACCUCGUAUUUGGAGCUGAAAUAUGGAGCGAAUUUGGUCAAUACUGGCGCUAGACUCUGCGGUCGCACCUACCCUGGCGGUGCCACCACCCAAACCUCGCAACUUCUCGUCAUCUUCCAGGGCUACAGCUCGGCCCAGUUUACGCUCAGCUACCGAUACGAUCCUGUGUCCGGAGAGCAAACCGAUGCUUCGACUACCGUAGCGCCAACGGCGCCAAUUGCCUUGUGCGCCGGAUGGGGCGCAUGCAGUCAGCCGUGCGGAGCGUGCGGGACGCAGACGCGGGCGUGCUCCACCGGAUUCCAAACGCAGCCAUGCAACGCUAAACCGUGCCCCGGGAAUAUUUGCUGUCCGCCGGCGUCGUUUGAUAGUACGCAGGGGCUGUGCGUCGUGCCGGAGGAGGCUGAUGAACAACCGGAUUCCGAAUCAGCCGGCGACGAGGAA